AUGACGGUGAUGUCCGGAGAGAACGUGGACGAGGCUUCGGCCGCCCCGGGCCACCCCCAGGAAGGCAGCUACCCCCGGCCGGCGGAGCACGAUGACCACGAGUGCUGCGAGCGCGUGGUGAUCAACAUCUCCGGGCUGCGCUUCGAAACGCAGCUCAAGACCCUGGCGCAGUUCCCCAACACACUGCUGGGCAAUCCUAAGAAACGCAUGCGCUACUUCGACCCCCUGAGGAACGAGUACUUCUUCGACCGCAACCGGCCGAGCUUCGACGCCAUCCUCUACUACUACCAGUCGGGAGGCCGCCUGCGGAGGCCGGUCAACGUGCCCCUGGACAUGUUCUCCGAGGAGAUCAAAUUUUACGAGCUGGGCGAGGAGGCCAUGGAGAAGUUCCGGGAGGACGAGGGCUUCAUCAAGGAGGAGGAGCGCCCCCUGCCCGAGAAGGAAUACCAGCGCCAGGUGUGGCUGCUCUUCGAGUACCCUGAGAGCUCGGGGCCCGCCCGGGUCAUCGCCAUCGUCUCCGUCAUGGUCAUUCUCAUCUCCAUCGUCAUCUUUUGCCUGGAGACUCUACCUGAGCUGAAGGAUGACAAGGACUUCACAGGCACCGUGCACCGCAUCGACAACACUACGGUGAUCUACAAUUCCAACAUCUUCACGGACCCCUUCUUCAUCGUGGAAACCCUAUGCAUCAUCUGGUUCUCCUUUGAGCUGGUGGUGCGCUUCUUCGCCUGCCCCAGCAAGACAGACUUCUUCAAAAACAUCAUGAACUUCAUCGACAUUGUGGCCAUCAUCCCUUAUUUCAUCACCCUAGGCACCGAGAUAGCCGAGCAGGAGGGAAACCAGAAGGGCGAGCAGGCCACUUCGCUGGCCAUCCUCAGGGUCAUCCGGUUGGUAAGGGUUUUUAGAAUCUUCAAACUCUCCCGCCACUCUAAGGGCCUCCAGAUUCUGGGCCAGACCCUCAAAGCUAGUAUGAGAGAGCUAGGGCUGCUCAUCUUUUUCCUCUUCAUUGGGGUCAUACUGUUUUCUAGUGCAGUGUAUUUUGCCGAGGCGGAAGAAGCUGAGUCGCACUUCUCCAGUAUCCCCGAUGCUUUCUGGUGGGCGGUGGUGUCCAUGACCACUGUAGGAUACGGUGACAUGUACCCUGUGACAAUUGGAGGCAAGAUCGUGGGCUCCUUGUGUGCCAUCGCUGGUGUGCUGACAAUUGCCCUGCCCGUACCUGUCAUUGUGUCCAAUUUCAACUAUUUCUACCACCGAGAAACUGAGGGGGAAGAGCAGGCUCAGUUGCUCCACGUUAGCUCCCCUAAUUUAGCCUCUGACAGUGACCUCAGUCGGCGCAGUUCCUCUACUAUCAGCAAAUCUGAGUACAUGGAGAUCGAAGAGGAUAUGAAUAAUAGCAUAGCCCAUUACAGACAGGCCAAUAUCAGAACUGGCAAUUGCACCACAGCUAACCAAAACUGCGUUAAUAAGAGCAAGCUACUCACCGAUGUUUAAAAAGCCAAUCAAACUAAAAAAAAGCCCCACUUAGCAGCUUGAAAGACUUAAAAAAAAAAAAAACAAAAAACAGAACAAAAACCUAGUGACCCACGUCACUGUUUGUAGAUACUUUACUAAAUAGCCUUUGAAUGCUCUGUUUAACUGUCAAUGCAUUGUUGCAUUGAGGAUGGGGGGGAUGGUGAACCAGAAGCUUUCAAGAUUCAUGCAAAAAGAAACUAUUUUCAUUUUAUUAAAAAAUGGGAAAAGAAAGUGUAUUUUCUAAAACUGGUUUAAAACAAUUCAGUCCAUGAGCUAGUCUAGGUAAAAUAAGAUUCAUAUGCUUACCCAUACUGAAACAUUUUUAAUCCUUUGGCUUCUUUAACUUUUUUCUUUCACUAAAAACCAGACGAUCACUUAGAAAUAUAAAAUUUAAAUUUGCAUGGGACUCCAUUAUAAAACUUUUGCAAACUGCACAGCACAUUUAAGACAGUGCAUCUGAUGUAUUAUAUGUAACAUGAUAUACCAGCCAAAAGGGGCAAUGAACAAAUGUAUUUGUGUUGAUCAUCCCAACCGUAUAUUACAAGGUGAAAACCCCCACAAGUGCACAUACAUGCACGCAAAAUUAUUUAAGACUGGUUCAUAAAGCACCUUAUACAUCUAAUACUGGUCCUGGUCUGCAGGGAUUUUCCCUCUGCCCCAUUUCCCCUGCUCAUCCAUACUAUUCUCUAAGAAAAAAGAAAACUGAAGUAAAUUAACUGAUUCGUCUGCAGUGCUGCUAAAUUUCUCAACUGCAGGUGAGCCAAACACAGGUCUUUUCUCACCAGUCCUGCACCCUGACCCCUGGCCUCCAGAACUGGAUGUAAAAUCUUAGCCUCCUUAUUGCAAGAGAGCACAAAUGGAACUAAAUGUAAGCAUGUUUGAAUCUGAUCAUAUUUAUUUUAUAAUCGCAUGCCAAGAACGUUAACUCAGACAAUAGGGGAUAAGCUUACGUUGGGAUCAACUCUUCUAAAAAUAGAUCCUUUUUUCAUUUGCAUUCACCGAAAGUGCACUCCUUCAUUUAUUAACUAUUUUAUUAGUAAAUAAAGUACUGUAUUUAAGUGCAUAUGUUAGUCAGAUGGGAACAAUAACUUUUUGGAGCUCAAAGCAUGUUCUCUUAUUCAGCAUUAUGGCCUAUUUGAUUAAGGUGUACCUUGAAUUAAUUAAUGCAUGAUUUCAGUAAAAAAAAAAAUUAAAUCAUAAAAAUUAAAAGU